AAUCGUCUUCUUACAGAAAUUGGAUGCUCGAACGAUUUAAAAAGGGAGGUCUGAAUUGGGAGACUAGCUUUAAUUUGGGCAAGGUUUUUGGGAGUGUGUAAAAUUUUGGAGCUGAGGCCGAGGCCGCGCCGCCGAGGUGGUUUUGAUGUGAGUGGGGAAGUGCUUAGAAGGAGCUGGGAAGAUGUUGCUCGGGAGUUUUUAAAACCAAAAGGGCAAGAACCAGUAUAAAUCUGUGACGGUGAUCCAAGUAAGUUCCAUCGCCACCGCUGCACGCCACUGCAAAUUUGGGUCAUGGCUGACAACACUGAUAAGAUACUUCAGCUUGCUGGCUGGACAAGAGAAGAAAUUGCACUUCUUAUCAAUGAAGGAAUUUGUCCUGAUCACUGGACUUCAAAGCCUAUUCCAACAUUUGCUUUGCUUGAAGUCAUACGGAGUGCAGUUGAUGCUUCUGAAAACAGCUACAGACAAGGACUGCCUCCCAUCCUCAAAUCGCUUGGCCUCCAACAACCACAGAUUCUCACUGGAGUCAUCGCGAAAGUCGAGCGUUAUGUUGCAAAAGCUGAGAAGUCUAAUGACUUUCUGCUGUUGAUGCAGGAAAUGAAAGAACUUUCAAAAAGUCAGGCAGAUGAAAUUGGACCAGCAUGCUCAAAGAUUGGUGUCACCCCAGAAUGGUUGAAUAAUAAUUUGAACACUCAAACUUGCACUGAAACUAUUACAAACCAGGUAAUAGUUGAAAUUCAACAAUACUGUAAAAGGAAAGGCAUCACAUGGAAAACUGUUCAUGAUGUGUGGUGGCCAAAAUUAUUUCCUGGAACUUCAGUUCCUAACAUACAGACCAUAGCGCGGAACUGGGAUUUGUUGGCAGAAAGGAAGAAAACAAUCUCACGCAACUGUACCAAAGAUGAAAAGGAAACGUUCCUUCAGACACCUUAUAUACUAGCACAGUCGCGCCCGCCAAAACAAAUGAAAAGAAGACGUGUGAAGAAGAACAUGGUGACGAUGAGGAGAUUGUCUGGGGGAGUGCUAACUGUUGAAAAAGUGAAGUUGAUGGACAUUCUUCGCCUUUCACGAGCUUCACGAGCUUCAGCUGGCAUUGAUGGCAAUGCCAAACCAUCUGGACUUGCUGCUGGCAAAUCAACUGUUACUUCCCCUAUUUCUGAAGAGGAGCAGGUAGAGGCCAAUACUGCGGACCCAGAAACCACUGGUGAUGAAAAGCCAUCAACGUCCUCAGGAGGACAAAGAAUCUACUUGAAAUUGAAGAAAACAUGAGCUGUCUCUGAACCGAUUUCGAUCAAAGAUGAUUUCGUCAUUUAUAUUGUAUGCUCUUUCAAAUUUAACACUCAGUUUUUCAUUAUCCCACAACAAGAAAUAUCUUGUGUAGCGCCCUCUCUAUUCAAAAUCUCAACCCUUUAAGAAUCAGGCUCUCUCGAUUUUGGUUGACUUUGUAUCAUAUGCGGGCAACCGACACAUUACAAACGAUUGGUAUAGGUAGUAUACUCCCAUUUCUUAUUAUGCUUCUGGUGAAUCACGAAAUACGAUCCAUUGCUGACCAAGUUUUAUAUUCUGCAGAUUUUUUUUAUUUUAAAAGGUAAGGAAUACUUAUGAAAGAUAUCUUUUAUAUAAUGGGACCAAAGGAAAAAUUUUCAAGAAAUUCAAAUGUCUUUGAUACAUGUAUUACAAUGUUUAUGACACAAACAGUGUACUUUUUGAAAUAACCAUGAAGCAAUUUCAAAGGAUAAUAAGAGCUAUCAUAAUUCUUCAUCUCUUCAAUAUUAUCAAUUUCAAGUAAGACAAAAAAAUUAUGAACAUGUAUUUCAUGACAUCCUCUUGCAGAAAAUGUAUGAAUGUUGGUGAACAUUAAAAUACUUACCUCUGUGUUUAUGUGCAUCUUAUGUUAAUUGCUGUUUCAACAACACUUUUAUCAAACCAAAACGACAACAUUACACAUGUGUAUAUGACAUUUUCAAUAAAUUCCCCAAAACAUUUUGGGAACAUUUUUUUAUGUUUGUUUGAAGCUUGCCACAAGAUAUAUAGGAGACCGGUAUACCAUAGGCUGCCACCUAUUAUGCUUGGAUAUAUGUGCUAUCUGUGUAAUUCAUAAA